UGACGAUAGCCAACCGCCAUCUGUGGCAAGCCUGCUUGCUUUAAUGAAUAUGUGCAAUGUCGGUCCAAUAACCAUAGCUUAACCAUGACAACAUGGCGACUGCUCCAUGUUGUGACGGCGGGCUAUAUUGCUUUUGGGUUCUCUUUAGGUGCCCUAGUUAGUCAACUCUUCCUAAAUAACCUUGGGGGCCUAGAUCCCCUCCCUCGGGGGUUGACACCCACAGGGUCAGGCCAGCGGGCAAUCGACAUAAGAUGGCGGCAGCGAAGAGAGCGAUUUAUUGCCGAAAACAAAGGCAAAACAAAUAUAGCAGACGACUUGAUCCAACGAGUGACGAUUCUGUGUUUUAUUGUGAUCGCGGAAGACCAAGUUGUCGCGAAGAGAUCAGUCUACCAGCAGACAUGGGGCCGGAGAUGUGACCGUCUUCUUCUCUUCAGCACAAGUGCCACAGAUCCUGACACAAUUAUUCUCAAGGUCCCUAAAGCUGGGCAUCCAGUGGAGGACGACUCUUACGCCUCUCUGCAAGCUUUGAAGUACAUAUACACACAUCAUUUAGAGGAAGCGCAUUGGUUUAUCCGAGUCCAUCCUAUGACGUUUGUUGUUCUUGAAAACCUCCGUUAUUUCCUCAAAGACGAAGAUUACAACAAACCUAUCUACUUCGGCCAGGUUCUCAGAGAAGGUAACGCUGUCUUCCCGCUAGGGAGCGCCGGUUAUGUUAUCAGCAGAGAAGCAAUUUCAAAAUUCGGGGCAUCCAGUCCACCGAAGACAAGCUGUAAAGGAAGCACUUCCUCCGAAUGUCUUGUUGUCGCGGAGUGCUUCCGGCAUCUGGGCAUCAUCCUGGGCGACUCUCGGGAUGCACUGGACAGAAGUCGGUUUCACGGCAUAUCCGUGGAGUCGGUUUCUGUACAUGAAUAUCCUGCAUGGUUCGCUGAAUUAGACGUGCAUCAUAACAUGACAAAGCAGGGAAUUAAGUCAGUAAGCGACAUCAGCAUCACCAUCAGCCCCGUCUCGGACAGCGUCAUCCUGGCACUGGAAUACUUUCUGUAUCGAGCCGGGGUGUAUGGUGCACACCUUCCAAUGACGUCACUAAACAAAAUACACAGACAGUUAGCAUAGGGAUGAUAAGCUUCUCCGUGGUGAUUGUGAACACGACAUUUUAUGUACAGCUGUAUUGGAGAAUAAGAUUGAGGUUAAUAAGUAAGUAAAUACAAAUGACUAUGUACUAUGGUAACACUUGCUGUAACUCAUGAUAUGACGGAUCAAGCGAUAAUAGGAACCUUGUUUGUUGGUCAACGCCGCACUCAGCAAUAUUCCAACUACUGACGGCGGUCUUUAAAUAAUCAAGUCUGGACGAGACAAUACAGUGAUUGACAUCAUGAGCAUCGAUCCACGCAACUGGGAUACGAGGACAUGCAUCCACCAAGUCGGUGAGCCUGAUCAGCCGAUCUCGCUAGUCGUCUUUGCAGCUGGGAAGUUAAAAACUUGUAGUUGUAAACUCCGGAUUCAAUAUAUAUUGAUUUCUUGAAUUAAUACCCAGAGAAGUAUAUGAAGGAUUUUUACAAAAAUGAUACCAAAGACAUUUUUGUAUCACCUGUCUGCAAUAUAUCGUAUGCAUACUGUACACCCUCCGGUAGCUGCUGUUUGCAGUCGUUGAGGGAACACCGGUUCAGUGUUUUUUCUCUGACGGUGUGUUUACUUCGGUUUUUACGCAUGCAUGCAAGCCACUUGGUGCCACUUUGGUUACAUCAUAAUUUCAUUUUAAAAAGAAAAAUAUUAUUUAAUAUUUAUUCCAAUUAUUUUCUCGAAAUUUCGAGUUCUUUCUCGUCACUUCGAUUAUUUUCGCGUUAUUUCAAGUUUAUAAAAAAAAAAGCGAAAUUUGGAAUCAUUAAAAUUAAUUGAAAUUACGAGAAAAUAAUAAAACGGAUGAUGACACGUGGUCCUAUAAACAGCGCACAGGUCACAGAUCAGGUAAAAGGGGCACUGGUCUCUGGCUUCUUCUCGGCUGUUUGACAUUGGUCGCUAGGGCUCACCAGCUGCCGUGAGUCGAUUUGCUCGCUUACGCAACUGAGCGUGACUGGGCUACCGUCUGCAAGGACAGCUAAAUAAACUUUGAGGCAAUAUUUGU